AACUGUAAAAAAGUGCACUUAAGUUGAAUAACUAUGAUCACAUAGUAUGCAUUAUUUGCAGAAAAUAAAGAUUAAUCAAGCAAUAUAGUUUCUACAUUAUACUGUGUGUUCCUCAGUGCUAGCAUAAAUUAAUAAAACAUUGUACAGAGUAUUUCAGGUUUCACUCUCAACUAUUAAAUCCACACAAAUAAUGUAAUUCAAUUUUUUUCUCAUAUCUCACAAACCUGCUUUGUUAUUCUUUACUGCUUUUUCCUAACCCCGGUGUAACACUCUCUUCUUCCCCUCCUAUCUCGUGAUUUAUUUGCCUCAGUUCCAAUAUUUGUCGGCAGUGUGUUUUCUUCCCCUUGUCUAAAUGUCACCCCUUCUUCUAAGACAAUAUAGGGAGUGGGAGAGAGGGAGAACGAGAGGGCAAAUGCGGGGGAGAUAGAGAAAGGGGAGGAGGAGGGGGUUACUCGUAAAAUGAGCAACAAAGUUUGGGAAAAUUAAACAUUAGGUAAGACACUUUUUCACAUGCAUAUACAUACAUGGAAAUAGAAAUGCUGUGUCAUAGUUUUUGAUGUGAAGACACCUGACGGAUCAAUAUUCCUGCUUGAGUGUUUCUAUAGAGGAAACAAAAGGCUUCAGUUUGUGUUGUCAUUUAGUGUUUCUCAGCAGCAAAUACACUCCAGCAGACACUUUAACAUGCACAGAUGAAAAAAAACAACAUACUUAUACACACACUUAUAUAAUGACAUUAUCUCCAGGGUCUGAGUUCUCAAGCCAAACAAACACAAUAAAAGCAUACUUACACUUGUAAUACUUACGUAGUGCAACUAUUAUCCUUUCCAAAGCCUCAUCCUCCUCCCCCUCCUCUUCCUCCUCCCUCGGCAUCACUCCACACCCUGGAUUACGCCGUCCACUCUCUCCCACCCUCAUUCCCUACCUCCUUUAUAACCCAUCACUCCCAUCUUGCUGCUCUCACUCAUUCUUGCUGUUUCAACCUGGAAUGGACACAUUUGUUUUCUUGGGAACGAAUCAGAGUAUUUUCUGACACAAUGUUUUUUUGCAAAGAUUGAAUUUUACUAGUUCUUCUGGAUUUUUUUCUAAAGUUUUUUUGGGGGUUAGAUUCUGCUAAUAUGUUGAGUUAAAUUGGGACAUGUGGACUUAUUUUUGUGUCUAAAGGAUGAGUUUUGGUUGCAGUUCAUUAAACAUUGCACUGAGCAUGCUUUUGCUGUCACUGACAGCAGAGGAAGAAACCAAUGAGCAAUUUUAUUGAUUGAAAUUGGGAUUCAGUUUCAAUUUGUUCAACUCAAUAUCAAAAAAGAAGGAUAACUGGAUAUCACAGGGUUAUGAACUGAUAUGCGGGGAUCAUCCCCAGACUCAGGGCCAGAAACAUAAACCAACACCACGGCAAACAAACAGGCAGAUCACUUCAACUGUGGAGACGGGCAGCGUGCUGUCCAAAGACCAACCUGACGCACGGAGACGGACAGACAGACGGACAGUCUGAUGCCAACUGUCUCCACUGUCAAUCUCACAGCACCACUCCUCCUCCUGUUGCUAUGGGCAACCCACCCCACCAUGGCAACCAACUGGCUCUCCCUGGCGAGGCUGCCUCGCUCCAGGCCUGUGUCCGGUGCAGCCCCAUGUGCGCGGCUGAGGGGGCUGACCCCAGGGCAGGUGGGGGUGUGCAGGGCGCGAGGGGAGGUCAUGGAGUCUGUACGCAAGGCAGCCGAGAUGGUCAUAGAAGAGUGCCAGCACCAGUUCAGGAAUCGCCGCUGGAACUGUUCCACCACCCCACGUGGGAUCAAUGUAUUUGGCAGAGUCAUGAACCAAGGGACUCGUGAGGCUGCCUUUGUGCACGCUCUGUCCUCAGCAGCCAUGGCAGUGGCUGUGACCCGAGCUUGCACCCGGGGGGAGCUGGAGAGGUGUGGCUGUGACAGGAAGGUCAGGGGAGUCAGCCCCGAGGGUUUCCAGUGGUCAGGGUGCAGUGACAACCUGUCCUAUGGUGUGGCUUUCUCCCAAACAUUUGUGGAUGAACCAGAACGGGCCAAGGGGCUGUCAGCAGGGCGACCACUCAUGAACCUCCAUAACAACGAGGCUGGUCGAAAGGCCAUCCUUCACAACAUGCAGGUGGAAUGUAAGUGUCAUGGCGUCUCCGGCUCCUGUGAGUUGAGGACCUGCUGGAAAGUUAUGCCUCCAUUCAGGCGUGUCGGCGUUGUGCUCAAGGAACGCUUUGAUGGAGCCACAGAGGUUCGCCUGACUCGUAUUGGAUCUAGAACAGCCCUGCUCCCCCGUGACCCCCAGGUCAAACCCCCUGCUGCCAGAGACCUUCUGUACCUUGCGCCCUCCCCAGAUUUCUGCCAUCUCGACCCUGACAACGGUAUCCCUGGGACCGCCGGUCGGAGAUGUAACGGAACCUCUCGGCUGGCACCGGAUGGCUGCGAGCUGGUGUGCUGCGGGCCGGGGUAUAGAGCGGGCCGGGCUGAAGUGGUUCAGCGCUGCUCCUGCAAGUUUUCCUGGUGCUGCUCAGUCCGCUGCCAGCAGUGCAAAAACACAGUCACCAUUCACACGUGCCGAGUCUAAGAGGGCUCAAAUAAGACCAAACCGCCUGAGCAGAAAGACAGACAAACAAACAAACCACUAGACAGACACUCGUGAACAGAAGACGGGCUUAGGAAGACAAGUUUUUCAAUAAUUAAUUCACAACUUUAGCAUCAAAUUAUGUUUAAAAUGCUUAAUUUAACUCAUUUACAGCUGAAGCAGUGAGGCUAGGGUUAAGUUUGAGAAAACUGUCGUAAAAGCUUCAAAGUUAGAGCACAUAUAGAAACAGUAAGUACGGAACAAACAAAAAUGACCUUUAGACACAGACAGAUGGGCUGGACUGACAUGCAUGCACACACACAUACAUACAUGAACACACUGACAAAGCUUUUAAAGCUGAACUUAACCAGAACUAACAGGGAAACAUCGCAGCACAUAUUUGUUUCAACUAGCAAGUCUUUGAACAUUGACAGUAUUUAUGUCUUCUUCUCUUUUUUGGUUUAUUUAUUUUAUAUAUCCAAGCCUUUGCUUCACUUCAGUCUCCAGCAGCAACAUGUUAAAUAGCAAAAAUAACUUCUACUUACAUCAGUGUCUGUCUUGUGUUUUGUCCCUCACCUUCAUGUGAAACUUCUGCAUGUUCCUGCACAAGCUGUGCUUUUAGGUCUGUUCAAAAAAAAUCUAAUAAAUUCAGUAGUUUUUAUCCAAAAUAUGCGUUUCUUGAGUUUCUUUUUGACCGGACGGGUGUAAAAUCUUAUUAAUCACAUAGUUUACCUAAAAAUAUAAAGGUCCCCUGUGGAGUUUUUUUUAACACUGGAGGUCCUACAGAGCAAUGUUAUGUCAUGUUUUAAAGCUGCAUUUCCAGGCUGCACAUGAGCAAACAUGCGUAGUUUGGAAACGUUUAUAGGUUAAUUUUCUUUUAUAUCUGUACAGAUUUUUAUAUUAUGUUUAAAUGGUUUUCAACAACAUCCACUCAGGAGAUGUUAGACACAUUUAUAGUGACUGCAGAGGGUGGUAGAGCAAGUGCAUGCCAGCUGUAAACACAGAUUGACUUGCACCAGCAAAAGGAAAAAGGACUGCUAGCUGUAUUUUAGUGAGAAACACUGAAUGUAAACAUACAGUUUACGUUUAUGAACAGCUGUACGUUCAUAAGAAAAACUCCACACCUUUCCUAUGAACUAUCUCUAUUAUGUUUUGUCGCACACGCAGCAUUCUCCCUCAAACAUAACAAACAAAAUAAUGGCUACUUUCCGUGUCAUUAAACCAUUUUAUUAAAAAUAUCCUGUGAUUACAAACACCCAGAAUUUUACUAGCAAAGGUUAACCUCUCAGUCUGUAUCAAGAUUCAGAUCUAUUUAAAAUAUUACAACUUAAUUUGUUAUAUUAUCAAUCGCUCAAAGUUGGUAGUCUAGCAAUAAAAACAAAACAAAAAAAAA